AUAAGAAAAUGAUAAAGUAAUCCUCGGCCAGAAAAAGAGCUGCAUUUCAAAUUCAAAAGCCUCCAAAAUUUCUGGCCUUCCUUUGCCUUGUGUCGAACUCGAACUUCUCUUCAAUUUUCUCUCCCUCUCUUGCUCACACACAGAAUCAGAGAGAGUCAAGCUAGGGGCGGAGAAGCCUUGAUUUCAUGGAUGCGGCGGUAGUGGAGCUUGACAGUGAGAGCAAGAGCAACAGUAUUGGUAGCCACGGUCAACGGCGCGUGGGUUUGCUGUAUGAUGAGAGGAUGUGUAAGCACUACACUCCAGACAAUGAUUACCAUCCUGAGAACCCAGACCGGAUUAGGGCUAUUUGGAAGAAGCUCCAGAACGCUGGUAUUCCUGAAAGAUGUGUGGUUUUGGAUGCCAAAGAAGCUGAAGACAGAUAUUUACUGUCUGUGCAUUCAAAAAAUCAUGUAAAACUGAUUAAGAAAAUCAGCUCGAAACAGUUUAAUUCACGGAGGAAUAGGAUUGCAUCAAAAUUGAGUUCUAUUUAUUUUAACGAGGGUUCUUCAGAAGCUGCUUAUCUUGCUGCUGGCUCUGUUGUUGAGGUUGUUGAGAAAGUCGCAAAGGGGGAAUUGAAUUCUGCUGUUGCUAUUGUCAGGCCUCCAGGGCAUCAUGCAGAACAUGAUGAAGCCAUGGGGUUCUGUCUAUUCAACAAUGUGGCCGUUGCAUCAAGUUAUCUCCUAGAUGAAAGACCCGAAUUAGGUGUGAAGAAAAUUUAAUUGUUGUUGGGAUGUUCAUCAUGAAAUGGCACUCAAAAAA